AUGGUUAGGGAAGACAGAAAUGCAUGGAAGGCUAAAUACUUUGCCAGAAUUGUUCAACUUUUCGAAGAAUACCCAAAACUUCUUAUUGUAGGAGUUGACAAUGUCGGUUCCAAACAAAUGCAAGAAAUCCGUAUUGCUAUGAGAGGUCACGCUGAAAUUCUUAUGGGAAAAAAUACUAUGAUCCGUAAGGCUAUGAGACCAGUUAUUCAAUCAAAACCAGAACUCGAAAGACUUCUUCCACUUAUUGUUGGAAACGUUGGAUUCGUCUUUACUCAUGAAGAUCUUGGAGAGACUAGAAAAAAACUUUUGGAAAACAAGAGAGGUGCUCCAGCUAAAGCUGGUGCUAUUGCUCCAUGUGAUGUCAAAUUGCCACCACAAAACACUGGUAUGGGACCAGAAAAGACUUCCUUUUUCCAAGCUCUUCAAAUCCCAACAAAAAUUUCUCGUGGUACAAUUGAAAUCUUAAAUGAGGUUCAUCUUAUUUCAACUGGAGAUAAAGUCGGAGCUUCUGAAGCUGCUCUCCUUAACAUGUUAAACAUUACUCCAUUCUCAUAUGGUUUAGAAGUUUUACAUGUUUAUGACAACGGAACUAUCUAUUCACCAUCUGUCUUGGAUAUGACUGAUGAAGAUCUCCGUGAAAAAUUCAUGGAAGGAGUUACCAGAAUUGCUUCUCUUUCUCUUGGACUUGGAUAUCCAACUCGUGCCUCUGCACCACACUCAAUUGUCAAUGGAUUCAAAAACUUGUUAUCUAUUGCUGCAGUUACAGAUGUUACCUUUAAACAAGCUGAGACUCUUAAAGAAUAUCUUGCUGAUCCAUCUAAAUUUGCUUCUGCUGCUCCAGCCGCUUCAAGCGCUCCAGCUGCCGCUGCUGCCCCAGCAAAGAAAGAAGAAGUUAAGGAAGAAUCUGAAGAUGAAGAUAUGGGAUUCGGUCUUUUCGAUUAA